AUGGAUCGAGAAGCUGGCUCCUUCUCCAGGUUUGAUAUUGAUAUUGGCAAACAACAACAUCUGUUUUUGAAUUCAUUAUCAAGGACACAAUAUAUCGUUGAACAAUCACAUAAAACUAUUCAGGAUAAUUCUAAAAUGCUUGAUAAUUAUUGUACUGAAGGUGAUUUGGAUGGUAUUUUAUCAAUGUAUGAUAAUGAUAUCGAAUUAAUUGAGCCACAAACACCAAUAUGUCGUGGAUUUGGUGCAUUAAAAAUAUAUUAUGAAACGAUGAAAAAGCUACGAUUAUUACCGCAAGAGCGUUGUAUCACCGAAUUGCAUACCUUAAGUCCAUUUAUUGUCCUGGAACGUGGCAAGUAUAAAAUACAAAAAAGUAAGAAGAGUUUUACGGAAGGAAGGUAA